AUGGUUGGUGGCCAUUAUUCACCAGUCGCCAAUCUGGACUUUGACGCCCGAGUUCCCAUUCCCUUCAGUGUCUUCCCGUCGUCGUACCGGAGUGACGCUGCAAACCAUCAACAGCCUGCUCCUGCUCCUGUGAACGAGCCGGAACCUGUUGCUUAUCCCGUUGAGCAUCACCACCAUCACCACCACGAGGACAACCACUCGCUCGUCGACCGGGAAGAUACUCGAACGGACGCUCCUGCACUUCCGGAUCCCGCUGUUUACGGCAAGGAAGAAGUUCCGCAAGAGUUUGUGAAUCACCAGUACAUCGAGGAACCUACUCCUUCUCAUACUCCUGCUCUUGUCCACGCUCCUCACCACCCCGAGCCUGAACAACCUUUUGAUAACCAGCUUGACUUUGUUGAGACUGAAUAUCGUCGCCGGACCAGCCCUGCUGCCUCCGUCAUCAGCUCUUCCAACUCUUACCCUUCUCAAGAGUUGACCCCUUCCUACCCUCAACCUUUCGAGUCUCAAAGCGUCGUCUCUUCGUCGCCUUCCCGAGUCUCGUACACCCCCAGCCAAUCUCCGGCUUCUUCUGCUCUUCAGGUUUACCAACCUCAAACCGCUAUCCAAAACCACCCUCAGUCCAAGAUGGGUUACUACGACGACGACGGUAACUACCACUCCUUCCGUCGCGGUGUCGAGCGUGCUGCCGACCGCAUUAUGCAUCCCUUCCAUCAUGAGCACCAUGAACAUCACCACCACUCUCACUCUCAUCCCAGCUCUCCAAGCCUAAGCCCAAGCCCCAGUCAAGAGUUGGUUGUUGCUGACAACCGUCGCCCAGCAGCCCCUGCCGCCGGUGGUGAGAUCCGUGCCAUUGAGCGCGGUGGCAACAAGCCCGCUGGCGAGCAUGUCCCCAUUCCCUGCAACUACAUCCGCCUUGGCGACAUCUUGAUCCUGCAGGGUCGUCCUUGCCAGGUCAUCCGUAUCUCGGUCUCCCCUCAGACUGGCCAGCACCGCUACCUGGGUGUUGACCUCUUCACCCGCAAGCUCCAGGAGGAGUCGAGCUUCAUCGACAACCCCUCGCCCUCCGUCGUUGUCCAGACCAUGCUCGGCCCGGUCUACAAGACCUACCGCAUCCUGGACAUCUACGAGGACCAGACCAUCGUUGCCAUGACCGAGUCUGGUGACGUCCGCCAGGGUCUCCAGGUCGUUCCCCAGGGUGACCUCUUCAACCGUAUCCGCAAGGCCUACGGUGAGGGCCGUGGCUCCGUCCGCGCUGUUGUCAUCAACGACGCUGGCCGUGAGCUCGUCGUCGACUACAAGGUCAUCCACGCUUCCCGUCUGUAA